AUGACAACGAUAGCAGUAAAUCUUGGUCAUUUACCAGUCGAGACUGGAACUUUGUCAACAAACGAGAAUCGCACUCAAGAAUUGUCUAAUAAUAUCACUUCGUCGAUAAUUACAAAUAUUGAAUUUCCAAGUCUACACCAACAACAACAAUCUAAUGAUGAUAAAUUACUAUUAAGAAAUGCUUGGGGUACAUAUUUCUACAAGGCUGAUAAACAACGUGAUUGGAAACAAAAUGUCAUCUACAUAACAUCCAUCAAUUAUGUGGAAGAUUUCUGGUCAUUUUACACACAUACAUAUGGUCUCAGAGAUCUGACUAAUGGGUCCGAUUAUAUGCUUUUCAAGAAAGCAAGGUGGGAAGAUGUAUCAUCACGUGGCGGUGGUAAAUGGGUGUUAACCAUUGACCCAAAACGGCGUAAACGUGAUCUCGAUGGCUAUUGGCUUCAUCUGAUGUUGCUACUUAUUGGAAAUGCCUUCGGUAGUGAUCUAAGUGCAUUUAUUAAUGGUGCUGUUGUAUCAUUACGUGUCAAAGGUGAUCGAUUAGCCUUAUGGCUAAAGAAGACUGAAGAUUUUCAUUUAAUGAAACUUAUUGGUAUGAAAUUCAAAGAUCUGCUUAAUAUUCCAUCAGAUAUACAAAUCGUCUACGAAUACCACGAGCCAAAGUUUGAUGAAUAUAAUAAUGAAAUUCGUCUUAUCAUUUAA